AUGAGGUUCACAGAGUUCGUCCCGUAUCCGCUGUGCUCCAGGAAGCCGUUGUUCUUUCUACUAGGACUAUUGACUCUGUUGACUUCUGUGAGAGGGGCUACCGAUUGUGACGCAAUCGAUCCUUACGAAGAUCCAAAGAACGAUGCGUGUAAUCCCUUCAGAUACAUACCCAACAAAGCAGGAAAUAUCAUCGUAGCUGAAUUUUUCACCCAUUCCGCUUUCUUCUUAUUACUCUGUUACAUCCACCGACCUAUUCGAUGGUUCCUUGUACUUCUCAUUGGGUCCAUCACCCAUUCCAUCGGAUUGUGGUUGAGAUUAGGUAUCAGAGCCUUACCUCAUUCGAUUGGAUUUGUAGUCGUUGAAGAGGUCUUGGUAGUUCUGAGUCCUUGCGCAUAUCUUGCAGCACUCUAUGUUCUUCUCGGACGUAUCACCCAGCAUCUGGAUGGAGCGAAAUAUCUACGUCCUAUAAAACCUGAGAAGGUUGCUGAGAUAUUCGUUUGGUCAGAUGUCAUCACUUUCUUGAUUCAAGGUAAUGCCUCGGGGUUGUUAUCCAAUGAUAACCCUACAGUUGUGAAAGCUGCAAGAUACGCGAUAUUGGUCGGAUUGGUCUUGCAAUUCAUCAGUUUCUUGUUUUUCUGUUAUCUCGUUGUGAUCUUCUUCUACCGAGUUCGAAAAGAAGCACCUCAAUUGUAUAGACUACGAAGAUGGAAGAGAUUAUAUCUCGCUUUGAUGUUCACAUGUAUGGCAAUGCUUGUUAGAUCAAUCUACAGAAUAGCCGAAUAUGCUCAAAAUCACCCAGGAUAUUUGUACACCCACGAAGUGUACUUCUUCACCCUCGAUUGUCUACCUAUGUGGUUGGUCAUAUCGACUUACGUGAUUUUCUGGCCUGGAAGGUACUUGACGGACGAUACCAAAAUCAGGCCGUCAAUUUUGGAUGGUGUACCUGUGGAUAAUACUGUCAUGCUGGACACCUUGGAUGAGGAGGGUAGGAGAAGGUUGGAUUCGGAAUCAGCGGGACAAGCAGGCCAUUGA